CCUCCCGUCAGUCCUUCCUUCCUGCGGCGCCUGCUCGCUUCGAGGUAUGGGACAGCGCCUCCGGCCCGCCAGCACCACCUGAGGAUCCCGGAAGUCGCCCCCGCCAUGGAAGACGACCAGGAGCUGGAGAGGAAAGCAAUAGAAGAACUGCUUAAAGAGGCAAAACGUGGGAAAACAAGAGCAGAAACAAUGGGACCUAUGGGCUGGAUGAAGUGUCCUCUGGUUGGUACAAAUAAAAGAUUUCUAAUUAACACAAUUAAGAACACACUGCCCUCCCAGAAAGACCAAGACCACGAACAAAAAGAGGUCAGUAAGGAACCUGCGACAAGCCAGGACCAGAAGGAGGAAAGCCGGCAGAAGCACAGAACCCACCCAUACAAGCACAGCGGCCACGCUCGAGGCCCUGCCCGUCAUUCCCCGCCGGGGAAGCGGGGCAGCCCGGAGAAGUCCCAGAAGCGGUCCAGCAAGCGGGCCGCUGUUGUGACAGCGGAAGAUCACCCGAGGCUCCAAGGAAAGAGUUCAGAGGGAGCGCUCUGAAGACGUCUCGGCAAGUUGAAGCUGCUUCAGCGGAAAAUGUCACCAAGCACCCUCUUCCCCCAUCCACAAAAGGAAGAAGAAUCUGAGAAGAAUCUCUCUGUCCAUACCCCCCACCCCAAGUCUUCCAAAGCAUCUGAACUUAUGCCUGGCCGCUCCCAGAUAAUCACUCAACGCAGCCCCACUCCCUGCUUCCUGGCAGCCGAGAAAAAAACCCCGUCUAAGCGCUAGAAAGGAGCACAUCCGCAAAGCCAGCUUUGGGGUGUUGGACGGACGCAUACUGCUCCCCCCGCCGAGCUGCUCUGCCACACCUGCUCAGUCUGCUUGGAGCCGAAAGCUCAGGGGCACAAGCCCAGAGCCUGCCCACUCUGCACCCUUCUCCCCCAGACCCCGGCCUCACCCCAUGACUUCGUACAGACACCCUUUCCUUUCAAACAUUCAAGAGGAAUCAUUUGGCUCAUAUGACUGUAAUCCAAAUCCAGUUACGCCUUAGCCUAUAUCACUUGUGCUAAAUUUGAAAUGUUUUGUAUUUAAAUAUCUAUCAGAAACAGCACAGAGUUUUGGUUUUUAAACAUUCUUGUUCUAAUUAAGUAAAAUAAAACUGGACUGUGUCAUUUGUCUAUGUGCUCUGUAUUUAGAGCAAACUGGCAAGCUCAUUAUUCUUAAAAAAGGGGAUGAUUAUAAUGAGCAUAUUCUUCCACUCAGAAGUAAAGGAAGCGCUUUAGCCUCAUGACACUUACUUUCUCAGACAAUCGUGUUAAAGGACAAGUGUUCCACAAAACCAUUUUCCCUUUAAAAACCACUGUCCCACUUGUGAAAUUUUUAUUAGAAUCUUUAAAACUUUCAUCACAAGCAGCCAUGGUUUCCUGUGUUUAAAUGUCAAGAGCAAAUUAUCCAUCUGUGUUCCAUAUGUAUACAGUAGAUAUCAGGGAGGGGCUGGUCCUGAGAUGCAAACCCAGCCACCUCCUGCUUCUGCGGGGAACACACGGGCGUGGCGGCACCGUACUAAGAGAUCAUCCAGGGCUUCCCUCGUGGCGCAGUGGUUGAGAAUCUGCCUGCUAAUGCAGGGGACACGGGUUCAAGCCCUGGUCUGGGAAGAUCCCACAUGCUGUAGAACAGCUAGGCCCGUGAGCCACAAUUACUGAGCCUGCGCAUC